GCGCCGCCGCCGCCCGCACCUGCCGAGCCCGGCGCGCCGCCCGCCCGGCCCCCCGCCCCCGGGCCGCCCCGCGGGGCCGUGCGGCGCCUCGACCCGACCUACGCGGGGGGCGGCAGGGCGGGCUACGUGCUCUACGCCGGGGGACAGCGCUUCCUGCUCGACCUGGAGCGCGACGGGCCGCGCUGCCGCUACCGCGGCACGGUGGACGGCAGCCCGCGCUCGCUCGCCGUCUUCAACCUCUGCGGCGGCCUCGACGGCUUCUUCGCCGUGGGCCGCUCCCGCUACACCGUGCGGCCGGCGCGCCGCGCUCCGCGCGGGGAGGCCGGAGCGCGCAUCUACGGCGAGGGCCCGGCCCGCGCCCCUCACGUCUUCCGCAGGGAGCGCUUCAGCUUCGAGACGGUGCCGGCCCGCGCCAGCUGCGAGACCCGGGACCCCGCCGUGGCGGCGGGCGGGGACGGGCGGAGGCGGCGGCGGCGGCGCUCCGUGUCCCGGGCCCGGCAGGUGGAGCUGCUGCUGGUGGCCGACGCCUCCAUGGUGCGCAAGUACGGGAAGGGGCUGCAGCACUACCUGCUCACCCUGGCCUCCAUCGCCUCCCGGCUCUACGCGCACGCCAGCCUGGAGAACCACGUGCGGCUGGCCGUGGUGAAGGUGGUGGCGCUGGGCGACAAGGAGAAGGGGCUGGAGAUCAACAGGAACGCCGCCACCACGCUCAAGAAUUUCUGCAAGUGGCAGCACCAGCACAACCGCCUCGACGACGACCACGAGGAGCACUACGACGCCGCCAUCCUCUUCACCCGCGAGGAUUUAUGUGGGCAUCAUUCCUGUGAUACCCUGGGAAUGGCAGACGUCGGGACCAUCUGCUCCCCGGAGCGCAGCUGCGCGGUGAUUGAAGACGACGGCCUCCACGCAGCUUUUACAGUGGCUCACGAAAUUGGGCACUUGCUUGGGCUUUCCCAUGAUGACUCCAAGUUCUGUGAGGAGAACUUUGGCUCCAUGGAAGACAAGCGCCUGAUGUCCUCCAUCCUGACCAGCAUUGACGCUUCAAAACCCUGGUCCAAGUGCACCUCAGCAACUAUCACAGAAUUCUUUGAUGAUGGCCAUGGGAACUGCCUGCUGGACCAGCCCAGGAAGCACAUCGUGGGCCCCGAGGAGCUGCCGGGGCAGACGUACGAUGCCAUCCGGCAGUGCAAGCUGGCCUUCGGCGCCGAGUACACGGUGUGCCCCGGCAUGGACGUGUGCUCGCGCCUCUGGUGCGCCGUGGUGCGCCAGGGGCAGAUGGUCUGCCUCACCAAGAAGCUGCCCGCCGUCGAGGGGACGCCCUGUGGCAAGGGAAGGAUCUGCCUCCAAGGGAAAUGCGUGGACAAGACCAAGAAGAAGUACUACUCGGCUUCAAGCCACGGCAACUGGGGCUCCUGGGGACCCUGGGGACAGUGCUCCCGCACCUGUGGGGGUGGAGUUCAGUUUGCCUAUCGCCACUGCAACAACCCAGCCCCCAGGAACAACGGGAGGUACUGCACGGGCAAGCGGGCCAUCUACCGCUCCUGCAACGUCACCCCCUGCCCCGCCAACGCUAAAUCCUUUCGACAAGAGCAGUGUGAAGCAAGGAAUGGCUAUCAGUCUGAUGCAAAGGGGGUCAAGACUUUUGUGGAAUGGGUCCCCAAGUAUGCUGGAGUACUGCCUGGAGACGUCUGCAAGCUGACCUGCCGAGCCAAAGGAACCGGUUAUUAUGUGGUAUUUUCUCAGAAGGUCACUGAUGGCACAGAGUGUCGACCCUACAGCAACUCAGUCUGCGUCCGAGGGAAGUGCAUCCGAACGGGCUGUGACGGCAUCAUCGGAUCCAAGCUCCAGUACGACAAGUGUGGGGUGUGUGGAGGAGACAACUCCAGCUGCACCAAAGUCAUGGGAACCUUCACCAAAAAGAGCAAGGGCUACACGGACGUGGUGAAGAUCCCGGAGGGGGCGACCCACAUCAAAGUGCGGCAGUUCAAGGGCAAGGACCAGAGCAGGUUCACGGCCUACCUGGCCCUGAAGAAGAAGAACGGGGAGUACCUGGUCAAUGGGAAGUACAUGAUCUCCACCUCGGAAACCAUCAUCGACAUCAACGGCACCGUCAUGAACUACAGCGGCUGGAGCCACAAGGACGACUUCCUGCACGCCAUGGGCCACUCGGCCACCAAGGAGAUCCUGAUCGUGCAGAUCCUGGCCACCGACCCCACGCAGCCCGUGGACGUGCGCUACAGCUUCUUCGUGCCAAAGAAACAGGGGCAGCUGGCAAACUCCGUGCCCGGCGGCGGCGGCGGCAAAGUGACGGCGCAGGCCGCGCAGCCCCGCUGGGUGACGGGGCCGUGGCUCUCCUGCUCUCGAACGUGCGACACGGGCUGGCACACCAGGACUGUGCAGUGCAAGGACGGGCACGGGAAACUGGCCAAGGGAUGUCUGCUCUCCCAGAGACCCUCAGCCUUCAAACAGUGCUUGCUGAAAAAGUGCUAACCUGUGGUGGUGAGCUGCUUUCCAAGAGGUUCGAGGAAGCCGCUGUUGGCGUGCUGGUGUCGGGUCUGCCCAGACAGAGGGAAGCAAAGGCUUCGAUGUACUUGCGUUCAGUCUCUAAUUAUGGGCAGAAUCUGCCUGUUUGGACCAAAUGAAGAUGUGCACUGCUUUAAAUAAUAGUAGGGUGGUCUUAAUAUGUCAAAGAAAGUAAGCAUUAAAGUUGUUAUAAGCCCUCUGUGUCUGCAAAAAACGGAAAAUAAAUUAAUGCAAAAGAAGAGAAACUAGUGAAUGGAGGAUCCUGGGAUAUUUGAAGGUUACAGAAUCAUCUCCCCUUCUUCACCUACCUCUACUACAGUAAGUCCUUAGGAAACGUCACAAGUCCCCGUGGUCCCACAGUAGCUUAUUUUAUGCUGUUUUGUAAAUAUCUUUCGGUUGGUAUAUCAAUUUCUAUCACUUCCUUCUAUUAAAGAAAUCAAAAGACAAACUACAUAAGCAAAAUGAUUGACCAAAGUAUAUCUGCAGCCCUUGUGGACUUGGUCCAUCCUUCAGAAGGGGCCACAGAUGUUUUACUGGAAAAUGAAGAGCUUGCUGCUGGUUUUAACAAGUGAUACCUUUUGGUUUUGACAAAAGGAAAUAGGUUUUCGUGGUAGGAAUUUCCUGACAGUGUAUCAUUAGUGUCUGACAAAUCCUGUGUUUGCGCCCCGAAAUUCUCAGGAGGAGCCUUGCAGCAGCUUGCAGAGCAGGGAACCCCACACUGCUCCAGCAGCAGGAGCAUCAGCAGCUCCUCCCCGUGUGCGUGUCAGGCGUGCAACCUCCCUGGCUCCAGCUGGGUCACAGCCUGGGCUCCUCGUUGUCACUGAACGAGAGCUGCUGGAGCUGCUCCUCUCCAUGAAACAGAGGCAUGCUGUACUUUGUAGAAAACUGGUUAGAGAACCAAAAAUCACAGGUGAGGUAAUCAAGUGUCUUCUAACUCAGAUAUUCUGAGGCUGCGUUCAGCUGCUUUCUCUGGUAUUUUCUCUAUGGCUUCCACCUUGAAUUUAACAAUGUGUAAUGUACCUACAUCUUUUCAAGAGGCUAUCAAGGUCAAAAAAACACAGCAAGCAGUUAAUAUUUUAUCACUGUUUUGUCCAUCGUGUCUAACUCUGGUAUUCAUCUUACCAGCAAAAGUUUGUAACUAUUUGUCUUUUUUUAUUUUCGAUUGUUUUGUGUGUUUUGGUUUUUUUUUUUUAAAGAAGGCAUUCAUGUUCUGUAUAUCUACCACAUUUGGGAGGAAGAGGGGUCACUAGGAAGUCAAACCACAUCAGGAUGUGGAGGACUUGUCCAAUAUCAAUAAGACUGUUUCCACAGCACAGGCAGUAGCUGGUAACAGUUUUCCUUGGCAGCAAUUUCUGAAUCCUGUUAUUGUCUUGUGGAAGUUCUGUGACUGAGGCUGGGCAUUUUACCUUGUGCAGGUGGAGGCCUGAGACCAGCCCCGGUAAAAUUGCUCUCUUUAAUAUCAGCAGGCUUUGAAUUAGACCCUAAGAUAACAGAUGCCAAAAGAAAUGGUUAAAAAACACUGACGAAAGUAGAACCCCAUCUUUUACGUCUUUAUUCAUCCAUACAGGAGAGUAGGAGACUGCAAGAGGAUUUUCAGAAGAGCCUCAGCUGUAAGUCAGUGUUACUUGAGCACUGAAACACCUCAGGCUCUUCUGAAAAUCCCAGGCAUGAAAUCAGCAGGAAAACUUGCUGGAGUGUGGAGCAAGAAGGGCAGGUCUGACUCCAGGCUGACACAAACAUGUUUUUGCAACUGUGGCAUGUUUGUGUGAACUCUAAAAAAUCAUGUGACGAUUUCAAAACAUCAUAGAGUUGCUACAUCUACAACUGUGAAAUCUGGAGAAGGAUCUGGUUUUUUACCCUGUUUUAAAUAAACAGUACCAAGGGCAGGGCCUCCUCCUCUGUUCAGUGGAUUGCCAACAAAUGUUAUUAAUCAGCUUUCAAAAAUGGCGUGGCCUUCUGUUCAGGAGCAGACCCUAUGCAAAACUGUGGCUCUUGAGGAAUACUCCCCAUUUAUUCUUGAUCCAAGUUGAAGAACCGAGGUCAAGGCUCAGAAAAUUUGCAGAGUGCUGGGAAGUAAAUGUUUAUGCCUCCUCUGCCUGUUAAAACAAGAUCACUUUGAAAUGCCUUAUUUUUCCUUCAAAAUAAUCUGAUUUUGAUGCUUAUAUGUGUAUUACACAUGUCCCAGAACCUCUCCAAAAAGUCCAUAACAAAUAGAAACUAUCUUGAGAUGAAAAAUCAGGAGAUUUAAUGUGUCUCAGCAUAGAUAACAUUUGUCUCAGCAUACAGCUGCUGCAUUAAGUGGUGUUUGUGUUCUGUCCAAAUAGAGACAGAAUGUGCAAGUAUUUGUGUUUGCAUCGUGAUAAUAAUUUAUUAUAUGUUCAUCAGGCUGAGUAAAGGUUUUGGAUGCUAUCUAGGCAUGCCAUAUGCGGGUAUAAAUUCAGAUCUUCCUUAGAUCAAGAGUAUCUUUUAAAAAUGAAAGAGUUUACUUGGAAAUGAACACGAGAGGAAACCCCUGCAGUGAUUUUCACCAGUGUAGCAAUGAAGCGAAUUAACACGAGCAAAGAUGUGAGGGAGCAAAGAGGACAGACCAAGGCAGCACCCUAAAAGUGUAAGAUAAAGGGUAAGUGAAGCCUUGCUUUUCCAGGCGUUCCUAAAUCAGAUCCAGUUCCAAACCUUGCCCGUGGCAGUCACGGCUGUCCCGUGUACCUGAUGAAUGAGGAAUUGGUGCAGGGUCUGUUCUCAGCCGAAUCCCGUGUCACUCGCACUGUGACAUCAUUGUUUACAUUUCUACCCAGUGCUGCACAGCUGGAUUCAGCAAAUGCACCAAGGGGAUGGAAACCUGGGACUCUGCUCUCGGCACAGCCAGGAACGAUCCCAGUGUUAAAUUCACUCUCACUUUGGGACGCUCUUCCAGUGCCCUUAGGUGAAUUUGGACCCCUGAGCAUCCGUGGGGUUUACAGCAGCUGCUUUUCAAGUAGGAUAUUCUCAUUAGGAAAAAGCCUGGCAUCUUUGGUUUGACUGUGUACAGGAAAUUGUUUAGCUGCCCUCCUGUGGAAACAGUUUUAUCGCAAGGGGAAGAGGGAAUAAUCUUGUGGAUUAAAAACAACUGUUUAAAAAAAAAAAAAAAAAAAAGAAAAGGCAACACAGCACUGAAAAAAAAUAAAAUAAUUUAUUGUUUUUACAACUGGUAUGUGAA